AUGUUCGUCGACUCGCCGUCCAUAUCGCCUACCGACGAACGAAAGCCUGCUGCUCUCGGGAGUCACCGUAAGGCGUUGGCUGUGCUGGGCGCUGAUGAUUACUUCUCCCCCAAUUCUCAACCACCACCGCAACCCGCCACUUCUGGGCCUUACAAACUGGCUUUGAAUCCUAUCGCUCAUGACCCUUUCAACACAUCCUGGUCCUCGUCAUCACCAAUACAGAAUGAAUCGCCGAACCCCAACUCAGUCACAUUCCUUCGAGAUGCCUCUGAAAGCGAAGUAUCGCCCAUCACACCCGCAUUCCGAUCUGGCAAUGGAAACACCACCACCUCUGAUGUUCGUGAUUUUGGUUACCGGGACUACAGACGACACUCUGCUGCAAGCAUAACGACCGCGGGAAGCAGCAAUUCCAAGUCAAGUCAGGGUCAAGGAGGAAUCCGUAAACUUCAAGGACUUCUUAGCAGCAAAGACGCGGAGAACGGCUCUCGAGGCGAUUCGGACCUGAGCUUGCAUCACACUGGGUCGCGUGAGCAACAUUUCACCCGUGCUCGAAAUGAUUCUACGAGCUCGAAGCAUCUUUCAGAACAUGCUAGAACUCGAGGUGGCUCGCCCAGUGCCUCAAGACCACGAACUCCACUUCCUUCCUCUGAUGUCGCCCCGUGGAUGUAUCAACAAUUUAGGGAUAUCCCACAGUUCGGCCAAGCUCCUGUGCGAAAAGAGCCUAUAGAUCCUGAUAGUCAACGCUAUCUCACUAAAAGUAACUCAGCUGGUCACGGAGACCGGAAAGAAACACACAGGUUCCCCCAUUUCACCGGCCGCCGCCAUUCUCGCAGUAAAGAUGGAAAACCCCCUUCUUCAGGCUCGAUCGAGUCCGUUCCCAACCUUUCCGUUCCAAAUCUUGGCGGUUCUACCACUACUCCAGGCGAUACUUUUCAAGAUGCUGGAGGACUGUUAACAUCCACUGCAAUGAGCUCAUCAAGCACGCUUGCCGGUCGCCCGACGAGUCCUUCUCCAAGUACGCACAGUGCGAUGCUUCGUGACCAUCACUUAGGUCAUGAUUCUCCGCGACAUGGGCGAGGCAUUUUGGGUAAGAUUCUUCGACCCAACAAGAGUCACCAUGCAUUGAGAAAUUUGCCUGGAUCUAGCAGAUCUUUACAAGAUCCACAUAAGAAUGCGGCCAAAAUGGCCAAGCGAGAUCUAUCUCCUGCUUGGAGAAAUCGGCAAGGUAGUGUAGAUGGAAAUGGAUCAAUACGACAUAGCGAUAGCUUGGAAUUUGACCGCAGGAAGGAACCUACGAAAGGGCUGGGCAUUUCCGGACCCAAGUUUCGUACCCGGCGACCUUUCGGUGGUGAUGCGUUGUUCUCGUCAAACAAACCGCAACCGCCACAACAAGAGAGCAUAUAUACUUUGGACACGAAUUUUACAGAUAUGGAUGGCAUUUUGGGUGAUCCGCGACCUUUAUCACCUACUGACCAAGGUAUAUUUGAUGGUAAUGCUCAAGAGCAUGCGCCAGUGAAGGAUGAUCACGAUGUCGAGUAUUGGAACCCUCCUGACAGUUGGGGUGUCAAAAGAGCUGGCGAUGACCUGGUGCGAGCCCUUCCAGAAAUCGAUAACGAGAUCGAUGCCGCUGCACGUGAUGAUGGCGUGAUGUAUUUCAUUCGCGUUUUCCGCAUUGACUCAACCUUCGCAACCCUUUACGCCCCUGUCAACGCUACUGUUGCACAUAUACUUGCUUUGCUCGGUAAAAAAUCGUUUCUGCAGGAUGACCUGGUUAAUUACGAGAUUGUCAUGCGGAAGAACGAUUUAUCUCGCCAACUUGAGCACGGAGAACGGCCGAUUCUGAUUCAAAAAAGACUCCUUGAGCAGGUUGGUUACCACGCUUCGGAUCAUAUCGAAGAUAUUGGACGUGAAGAUCACAGCUAUCUAUGUCGAUUCAUCUUCCUGCCUACGAAGCUGAGUGGUUAUGCUAGUCUAGAUGCCGACCCCGGGUUUAAUAGGAGUCAGAAGUUCAGUCAUGUCGAUCUCCAAGGUCGCAGUCUGGUCACUAUCCCCCUUACGCUCUACAGAAGAGCGUCGGAGAUUAUUUCUCUUAAUUUGUCACGCAAUCUUUCCCUGGAAGUGCCUUCGGACUUCAUAACAAGCUGUCUAAAUUUGCGUGAAAUCAAGUUUAUGAGCAACGAGGCUUGGCGAUUGCCCCCUAGCUUUGGCCUGGCAACUCGACUAACAUAUCUCGAUAUUUCUAAUAACCGGCUCGAGCAACUAGAUCAGACUAAUCUGGGAGAACUGCGAGGUCUAGUCAGCAUCAAGAUCGCCAACAACAAUUUAUCGGCGUUGCCCUCAUAUUUCACCAAUUACGUGUCCCUACGGAGCUUGACAUUAUCUUCAAAUAACUUUCAUGUUUUCCCCGACUUCCUCUGCAACCUUCCAAACUUAGUCGAUCUCGAUAUUAGUUUCAAUAGUAUCCGCGAAUUACCCAACAUCGGUCGAUUGAGACAACUUGAGCGUCUUUGGGUGACGAACAACAUGCUCGAAGGACCUUUAGAUAAGUCCUUUCAGAAUCUGAAGAGUAUCAAAGAAAUUGACGCUCGGUUUAACGAAAUCUCCAAUGUCGACAGCAUCAUGCAACUGCCUCGCUUGGAACAGCUGUUACUAGGGCACAAUGCAGUGACGAAAUUCAAAGGGUCUUUCCCUAAACUGCGAACCCUACAACUUGACCAUUGCCCUAUCACUCAAUUUGAGUUGGAUGGUCCUAUUUACACACUAACGUCCUUGAACAUAGCAUCGGCUAAGCUCGUGCAGUUCAAGGAUUCUACAUUCGACAACCUCGUUAACUUGUCCAAGUUAAUUUUGGACAAGAAUCACUUUUCAUCCCUUUCACAAAACAUCGGAAAGCUACGUCGAUUGGAACAUUUCAGUAUGAUCAAAAACCCCCUUUCAUCGUUACCACCUACGAUCGGUUGCUUGACUGAACUCAAGUACCUUAAUUUGAGAGAGUGCAACCUUGAUCGCUUACCAUCCGAAAUAUGGUUUUGCUUGAAGUUGGAGACGCUGAAUGUGUCAUCUAACCUCCUUGGCAGUUUUCCUAAACAUACUGGUCAGGCGCCCUUGGCACCAGGUGAAUACGUCUCUGCAUCGCCAGCCACAACCCCUGGGCUCUCUAAUACACCGAGUUAUGAGAACAUGAACGCUCUUGGAGAAUUACAGUCACGUCGGCCUAGUCAGACAUCAAGCACACUACUUAACUUGAGCUCAUCACCCGCGACUGGUCGGAAUAAUUCGGUUGUAUCGAACUACAUCUCUGGCGGCCGCAAAGCCUCGACAGCUUCCAGAGCCUACACUGAUGUGUCCACAUCUACGCGGAAAGAUUCGAACUUCUCACAGCGCCUGGCAACUACAUUCUCUGGCUCUUUGCGUGACCUAUAUCUUGCGGACAAUCGUCUAGACGAUGAUAUCUUCAGCCAGCUUGCUUUCUUGCCGGAAUUGCGUGUGCUCAAUUUAUCCUACAAUGCAUUGUCAGAGAUGCCCCACGGUAUUUUGAAAAGAUGGCAGCAUCUUUCUGAUCUCUUCAUCUCUGGUAAUGAAUUUACAGCACUUCCGUCAGACGAUCUUGAGGAGACCAGCAAUCUGAAAACCUUGCACAUAAAUGGAAAUAGAUUUCAAGUUCUACCAGCUGAGCUGUGCAAAGUCAGCAAACUUGCUGUUCUAGAUGUUGGUAGCAACUCGCUCAAAUACAAUGUUUCCAAUUGGCCGUAUGACUGGAAUUGGAACUGGAACCGUAACUUGAGGUAUCUCAAUUUCUCUGGCAACAAACGACUGGAGAUCAAGCCAAAUAUCGCCUCACUGGGAUCAUCUUCUAUCAACGGAACGGAUUUGACUGGUUUCAAUUCGCUGACGCACCUGCGUGUUUUGGGUUUGAUGGAUGUCACAUUAACCAUUAAGACAAUACCAGAAGAAACAGAGGACCGUCGUGUCAGGACUUCGGCAUCCCUCGCAGGAUCUUUGGCAUAUGGUAUGGCAGACUCAUUAGGAAAGAACGAGCAUCUGUCUAUUAUAGACAUGAUGGUACCGCGGCUUCGCUCUGAUAAUAUGGAGACUCUUGUUGGCAUGUUUGACGGACAAAGCCAGUCAAUCGGUGGUUCUAAAAUUGCUAAGUUCUUGCACGAAAACUUCACACACUGCUUUGUCGACGAGCUUAAGAAGCUAUCGCUAGACCAUGAAACGCCGUUGGAUGCACUAAGGCGCGCGUUCCUUACCCUCAACAAAGAUAUGGCAGCAGCUGCAUACAAAUCUGUUGACGACAGAGAGGUUCGCCAAGUUGUAAGCGGUUCAGUUGCCGCAAAACUGCUAAACCAAGAUGAUAUCCAUUCCGGUGGUGUUGUAACUGUCUUGUAUUUGAAUAAUAUGGAUUUGUAUGUUGCGAACGUGGGUGAUGCGCAAGCAGUCCUGGUCAAAGCAGAUGGCAGUCUUAGAAUGCUUACGUUCAAUCAUGACCCAGCGCACCCUGAAGAAAGGGCACGUAUCCGAGACGCAGGUGGCUUCGUGUCCCGCAACGGAAAAUUGAACGACGUUCUACCUGUUUCCCGCGCGUUUGGCUACUUCCCGUUGAUGCCUUCUGUCAUUGCUGCCCCUCAUACAUCUCACUUCACGUUGACCGAACAAGAUGAAUUGAUUAUUGUGGCAUCGAAAGAGGUUUGGGAAUAUGUUACUUUUGAUCUUGCCGUCGACGUAGCUCGAGCCGAACGAAGAGACUUGAUGAUUGCAGGACAGAAAAUUCGGGAUUUAGCGAUUGCCUUUGGAGCUUCUAACAAGUUGAUGGUAAUGAUACUUGGCAUUAGUGAGCUGAAGAAGCGUGAGAAGAGGAAUCACCCCAGCAUGUCUCUCAAUCAAAGUGUAUUUGCAGAAGAAGCUCUUAUGCCGAAACGCCCAAGGAGACACCGCGACGCUAUCGGCGAUUCAAGACUUGCACGCUUCGACUACGUGGAUGCGCCCAUUGGUGAACUCGCUAUCAUAUUCACCGAUAUCAAGAAGUCAACAUCUCUGUGGGAGACCUGUCCGGAUGCUAUGCGCUCCGCUAUUCAGAUACACAACGAUGUAUUGCGACGACAGUUGGGUAUAGUUGGUGGAUACGAAGUUAAGACUGAAGGGGAUGCUUUUAUGGUGGCAUUUUCAACGCCCAGUGCGGCCCUCUUGUGGUGUUUUAACUGUCAAACGCAACUCUUGGAUGCGGAAUGGCCCAAAGAGAUUUUGGAGCAACCUCAGUGCAAAGAAUUGUACGACCAGGAUGGAAAUCUCAUUUUCAGAGGUUUGUCAGUCCGAAUGGGUAGUCACUGGGGCGAACCAGUGUGCGAGAAAGACCCAGUGACAAAUCGUAUGGAUUACUUUGGUCCUAUGGUGAACCGUGCAUCGCGUAUCUCUGCAGUUGCCGAUGGUGGUCAGAUAUUUGUAUCUUCCGAUUUCAUGAGUGAACUUAGCCGCACACAACAAUACUAUGCGGAAAGCGAACGAUCCGCUUCUAUCGGGUCUGCAAGUGACAUUGGAGACCCGUUCCAGGGUAUACGUCGCGAAUUGCAACAGCUUAAUAUCCAGGGCUUUGAAGUUAGAGAUCAAGGUGAGCGUAAGCUGAAGGGACUUGAAAAUCCGGAGCCUGUGUACUUGGUCUGUCCUACUGCUCUUUCGGGCCGUCUAGCGUUCCAGGAGGGCACCCCGCCGAGCGAAGAAAUCGUUCCUGUCACUUUGCAACAGGGCUCCCACCUCGAUAUUGAUCCAAAUCUCAUUUGGAAUCUGUGGGAUAUAACGCUUCGCCUGGAAUGCAUUUGCAGUGCCCUGGAGACGCCAGAUCAGAUCCAUCUUAACAGCCCUAACCGAUCUUUGAUGCAGUUGAUACAGAAAGGAGGCGGAGAACUGGCAGAUGUAGCUGUCCUAGGCCUGUUGGAUAUGCAGGUCACAAGGAUUGAGACAUGUAUCAAUACUCUCGCGCUGCGUCACAUGAUGCGACCCUUUAAACAAGGCAACCACCUGCACGACUACGCCAUGCCUAUGGGUGAAGUUCUCUCGCAGCUCCAGAGUCAGCUAGCUGAAUUUCAAGCGCUUAAGGAAUCACUCGAUUAUGCUGCAAAUGGCGUUCCUGAUCCUGUGACCCGCAUAGGGCUGGACUUCAAAACACCGAGUGCUCAUAGCAGCGGUGUCAACUCGUCUACUUCAUCGCAUGCAUGA